CACGGUAGUCCUGGCGACAAGAACCCAGCAACGAGAGUCAACAACAACAACAGCCUGAAACCUUGAAAAAAUAAAAACCCCAAUAUACCAGUUGGGAAUUCUCUCGGAAUAAGAGGGUUCUCCUGAUGGCCACUCCAGCCUACGUGGGAGAGCUGCAGCCGUCCUCCCAGCCUCAGGGGGGCAGUGUGAGCGUGGUGGCGGGCCAGCCAACGUCCACAGCCACCGCACCGCCGGCCCAGUUCCUGGCCGAGAUCCCCGCCACGGUUGUCACGGCUACCGCCACUCCCCCCGCCGACCAGACCACGCCCCCGGCGGCCCAGGCCACUCCCACUCAGGCCCAGAACUCCCCUGUGGCGGCCCCGCCCACCCAGACGCAGUAUGUUGCCACGGAGAUCCAGAGCUCGCCCACCCAGACCAACGCUCAGAGCACGCCGCAGUACAUUGUCGUCACGGUGACCGAAGGUUCUCUCCAUUCCAGUGACUCGGUGUCUGACUCUAGUCCUCCUCCUGCCGUCGUCCAGACCGGAGUGCCCACGCAGGUGGUACAGCAAGUACAGGCCCAGCAGACAUCUGUGCUGCAGGCCACAUCUCAGGCUGCAAAGACGGAACAGGGAACCCAGCUCACCGUCACCAGCCUGCAGCCUGUUCACAUCACACAAGAGCAGCUUCAGCAGGUACCAGUCCAGCAUGUGUACACUAACCAGGUGCAAUAUGUGGAGGCAGCAGACCCCAGCUACACCACCAGCACCAUUCGCUCCGGUAGCUUCAGCUACUCCGAGGCUCCCCUCUACACUCAGACUUCUGCCGGCAGCUCGUAUUACGAGACCACGCCCACUUCCGGUUCCCCGACCACCCCUGCCACUCCCCUCACCGUCGCCGUGACGACCGGCUCGGCCGGCUCCGUCUCCAUGUUCGUCGCCGGGGCGGGCCAGAUCGUAGCCAAUCCCGUCGCAACCUCCGGGGCAGGGGGCGGGCCCGGCCCGGCUGUGGUUGCCACGGGGACAGCCAGCACGUCCAAUGGCACGGGGGACGGCGGCGCCACCUCUAACGGCGGCGUUGGCGUUGGCGGCGGCAGCUACGUGAUCCAGGGCGGGUACAUGCUGGCAGGAGGCGGGGCCAACAGCAACAGCAGCGGCGGAGCCAGCAGCAGCAGCAGCAGCAGCAGCAGCCAGGGCUACACACACACACACACACACACACACACCUCCGCAGCCCGCGCCUCGCCCGCCACCGUGAGUAUCUGUGAGGGGGAGGACAGUAGCGUGCCGUCGGCAGACAAGAAGGUGCAGUGGUUGCUGGAUAACUAUGAGACAGCUGAAGGCGUGAGUCUGCCGCGCUCCACCCUGUACUGCCACUACCUGCUGCACUGCCAGGAGCACAAGCUGGAGCCCGUCAACGCCGCCUCCUUCGGCAAGCUCAUCCGCUCCGUCUUCAUGGGGCUACGCACCAGACGCCUGGGCACACGGGGUAACUCCAAGUACCACUACUACGGCCUGCGGAUCAAAGCCAGCUCUUCUCUGCUGAGACUCAUGGAGGACCAGCAGCACCUGGCCAUGAGGCAGCAGCCCUUCUCCCAAAAACAGAGGAUGAAGCCGGUGCAGAAGGUGGAGGGGAUGACCAAUGGCACGUCUUCGUCCAGCUCAGGCUCCGCCCAACAGCAGGGGAGUGGAGGCCUGUCUGACAUCAGCGCUCAAGUGCAGCAGUACCAGCAGUUCCUAGAUGCGUCGCGUGUGCUGCCGGAGUUCCCGGAGCUGGAGCUGCAGGGGAAGGCGCUCCCUGACGGCAUUGAGAUGGAGCACAUCAAGAGCUUCCAGCUGCUCUACCGGGAACACUGCGAGGCUAUUCUAGACGUGAUGGUGAAUCUGCAGUUCACUCUGGUGGAGACUCUGUGGAAGACCUUCUGGAGGUUCAACGAGAAUCAGACCACAGACACAGCAACACUGGCUGUGCAUGAUGAGUCGGAGCGGCGUCUGCCCAAGUCCUGCCUGGUUCUGCUGUGCAAGUACGACCCGGUGACCCGCUGGAGCCGAGACUGCGACAACACACUCUACCAGGGCCUAGUGGAGAUCCUCAUACCAGACGUACUGAGACCCAUACCCAGUGCCUUAACCCAGGCCAUCCGUAACUUUGCCAAGAGCCUGGACAGCUGGCUGACUAACGCCAUGAUGAACGUGCCCGAGGAGAUGGUCCGCAUCAAGGUGACGUGUGCAGGUGCGUUUGCCCAGACGCUGCGCAGGUACACGUCUCUGAAUCACCUGGCACAAGCGGCCCGCGCAGUCCUGCAGAACACGGCCCAGAUCAACCAGAUGCUCUCGGACCUCAACCGCGUCGACUUCGCCAACGUGCAGGAGCAGGCCUCGUGGGUGUGUCGUUGUGAGGACCGUGUGGUGCAGCGGUUGGAGCAGGACUUCAAGUUGACUCUACAGCAGCAGAACUCUCUGGAGCAGUGGGCUGCCUGGCUGGAGGGUGUUGUCUCCCAGGUCCUAAAGCCCUACCAGUCCACGGCGGCCUUCCCCAAAGCAGCCAAACUGUUCCUGCUCAAGUGGUCGUUCUACAGUUCGAUGGUGAUCCGAGAUCUGACUCUGCGCAGUGCUGCUAGUUUCGGCUCCUUCCACCUGAUCCGCCUGCUCUACGACGAGUACAUGUACUACCUGAUAGAACACCGUGUGGCACAGGCCAAAGGAGAGACCCCCAUCGCUGUGAUGGGAGAGUUUGCCAGUCUUGGCCACAGUCUGAACCCACUGGACCCCGACAAAGAAGAGGAAGAGGAGGAGGAGGAGGAAAGUGACGAUGAGUGUCAGGAGCUGUCGCUACCUUCCGAUGGAGUCACCCUUAGCAACGACUCCCUAGAACCGCCCGCCAAGUUGGCCCGCACCGACCAGAGAGUGCUGCUGAAUUAAACACACACACACACACUCACACACACACAUAUGUAUAUACACAUGUAACACACACCUGCACCGGUACACAAAAGCACUAUCAUGUAUAUACACAAACACAUAUGUGGGCAUACGCACACACACACACACACACACACACACACACACACACACACACACACACACACACACACACACACACACACACACACAUGCAUUCUCUGUGUGACACUUUCUCUCACAGUUAAACACAAAUGACUUUUUUAUUCCUGGAAGAGCACAAGGGCUCACAAGAUGAGUGUGUGUGUGUGUGUGUAUGUGUAUGUGUGUGUGUGUGUGUGUGUGUGUGUGUGUAUGAGACAGAGAGACAGACAGAGAGAGAGACAGCAGGAAUCUAAAACAACACACAGUGCACACAGACAUGCACACACACACACACACACACACACACACACACACACACACACACACACACACACACACACACAACUGAGACGGUUGUUAAUCAGAAUCCUUCGUCCAAUGGGACUGUUGACUGUAAAAUGCAGAAACUUCACAACACUGUAAGGACGACAUCCAAGGUGCAUUCAGAUUCGCAAACAUAGGCGAACAUGUCUGUGUGUGCGUGUGUGCGUGUCUGUGUGUGUGCGCGUGUGUGUGUGACUUUCUCUCUCCCCCCCCCCCCCCCACACACACACACACAGACACAGACACACUGUCGAGUAGAAAUUUCAGUUGAGGAGUUUGUACGACCCCCCUUCCCACACACACACACACACACACACACACAGAGGGGAGAAGUGAGUUACGUUUUGGGAGUUUACAGUAACACACAUCUAAGAAAGAAAGAGAGCGACAUAUAUGUACAUAUAUCAAUGUGUGUGUGUGUGUGUGUGUGUGUGUGUGUGUGUGUGUGUGUGUGUGUGUGUGUGUGUGUGUGUGUGUGUGUGUGUGUGAAAGAGAGAGUGCGUAGGUGGGGAGUUUGUCCACACAGGGGAAGCUCGGCAUAACAUUCUACUGAAUUUAGAAUGUUCAUUUCUGGUCACUUUAUAGUCAUGUCUGGUUAUCUAUGUCACGUAUUUGAAUACUUGUGUUCUUAAUCGUAUGUGUGUGUGUGUGUGUGUGUGUGCGCGUGCGUGCGCGCGUGCAUGUGUGUGUGUGUGUGCGUGCGUGCGUGCGUGUGUGUGUGUGUGUGGUCAGAAAAGAAAAGACAUUGCUAGUCUGGCCCCUCCUAGUAUCUCUGUUCGAUUUCAUUUUGCACAUUUCAUUUCUUACAUCGGACACUAAUGCACGUGCACACACCCACACACACCCACACACACACACCCACACACACACACACACACACACACACACACACGCUAAAGAUUCCCUGUAGGGUUCCAGGCCCGUCAGUGAUGAGAGGGGAUGACGCUAGUUUAGACGCUAGUUUAGACAGGGAAACUAAACGGCAGUAGCAACACCUGCUUGUUUAGGCGAAGAGGGAAGUAAGGUUAGCAAUCCUUCAUCAAUAUGAUUGGGUUGGCUGGACCAAUGAUCUCAAAGUUAUGACCACGGCUACAGCUGUUACGAUGCUAGAGUUGGAAACGUUAUCACCAUGGCUACAGCUGUUACGAUGCUAGAGUUGGAAACGUUAUCACCAUGGCUACAGCUGUUACGACGCUAGAGUUGGAAACGUUAUCACCAUGGCUACAGCUGUUACGAUGCGAGCGUACAUACUGGGGUGUGUGUGUGUGUGUGUGUGUGUGUGUGUGAGUGUCGGAUGAAAGCUAAAUAAAUGAAACUAAAUUAAGUGUUUGUGUGUGUGUGUGUGUAAUGUCUUGAUUGUGUGGCACUUUAUUUUGUUUGUGUUUGCUCGAUUUUGUUUUGAUUUGUUUGUGUGCAACUGCCAACUCAUCAACACUUUUUACUCUGCCCUCAAACUUUCAAAAAGCUCCUGUCCUCAUAGCGCGCGCACGCACACACACACACACACACACACACACAGCACUCCUUAGCUGCUGGCUGGUCAACACUGGAAGCAUCAUCACCCACUCCGUCCUCUUGUUGCUCCGUCUCUACUCCUCUCUUCCUCUUUCUCUCUCUUCCUGUCGUUUUCUGUGUAUCCAUAUCCACCUACACACACACACACACACACACACACACGCACUCUCACCCUCUCUUAGUCUCUGCUCAUGUGUUGUGUAUAUACACUCUGUCAGCUGAUUGGCUACAGCAAAUCGACCAAUCAGGUGCCAGCUCCCACCAGCAUGUUUGUGGUCUGUUUGAUUUCUCCAGAAUUUAUUUUUUACCAAGAGGUGAUGACAUAUCUGUGAGAUCUUGUAAAGAUCAUUUUGCUAAAAAAUAGUUUUUAUUUCAACAGAAGUGAUUCCUGUGAGAAGAAAUGUGAGUUUCCUGUUCCACAAUAUGAGGGAAAAAAACAGGUGUGGGAAGAAACUGUUGUUUUGUUAUUGUUGUCGUGGUGAUUUAUGAUUCUUAAAAACAGACAUUAAAGGAGGACCGUGCCUUUGGAGUUUACUGGAUGGGAAUCAAGUGAUUUUAAUUUAAAAAAGAAUGAAAAAGGUCAAUAAAUUCUGACAUUUGUAAAAUCAUGAA